ACGCGUCCGGAAUCCGAACUGAGCCUCCUCUCUCUUCUUUCUGCUUUCCUUCCAGACCUCUCGGCCGCAGCUGUCCACGCAGGAUGCCUCGAAUUUGCUGGAAGCCGUCCCUUGAGAGUGCAGCCGCUGCUUCUUUAGGGCGGCACUAGGGAUUUCGUUCCGUGCAUUGAAGGGGUUUCUGUUGUUCUUGCUGCGGCUGCUGGUGCGCUCAUUUAUUUACUUUCUUUCUUUGCACCGGCCCUCGCCCCGCUCCCACUGGCAUGAUGGCCCAGUCGAAGGCCAACGGCUCCCACUAUGCGCUGACCGCCAUCGGCCUGGGGAUGCUGGUUCUUGGGGUCAUCAUGGCCAUGUGGAACCUGGUGCCCGGGUUCAGUGCCCACGAAAAGCCGACAGCUCAGGGGAACAACAAGACAGAGAUCGGCAGUGGCAUUCUCAAGAGCAAGACCUUCUCCGUGGCCUACGUGCUGGUCGGGGCUGGGGUGAUGCUGCUUCUGCUCUCCAUCUGCCUGAGCAUCCGGGACAAGAGGAAGCAGCGGCAAGGCGAGGAGAUGGCCCACAUCCAGCACCAGCCGGGAGUCGAGCCACACGGCCGGGAGGAAGACAGCCAGGAGGAGGAGGAGGAGGCCUCCUCCAGGUACUAUGUCCCCAGUUACGAGGAAGUGAUGAACACAAACUACUCAGAAGCGAGGGAACUGGACCAGAACCCGAGGAUGAGCAUCUCUCUCCCGUCCUAUGAGUCCUUGACGGGUCUUGACGAGACGAGCCCCACAGCUGCCAGGGCCAACGUGGAGACCAGCCCGGGGAAUCCACCCGACAGGCAGAACUCCAAGUUGGCCAAACGCCUGAAGCCACUCAAAGUUCGAAGGAUUAAAUCCGAAAAGCUUCACCUCAAAGACUUCAGGAUCAGCCUCCCGGACAAAAACGUCCCUCCUCCCUCCAUCGAGCCUUUGACCCCCCCACCACAGUAUGAUGAAGUCCAGCAGAAGGCUUCUGAUGCCCGGCCACCUGACUGAUGGCCCCGCUCAGGUGUGUUCCUCCGGUCGCUCACCCUCCACACCACGGACCCCCCGUGAAGCCACUUCAGCUGCAAUUGAGGAGCGGAGGGGGCAGAUGCAUACAGAUUGAUGUGGACGGGGGCGAGGGAGGGGGGCGUGGGGAGUCCAGUGACUAGGGACUGACUGACAUCCACAGAACCUCACGUGGCAGGUGCAUUGGGAAUAGCUGCUGCCUCGGAUCUCGGGAUGCGGACCCCGUAGGGGUCCUCGCGGGGUACGCACCUUCCCCAUCGUUUUCCCCCAACUCUGGGUUGUUGGCCACAACACCUCUCUUUCCAAACAGGAGAGGAUGCCUAGCAGCUGGUUUAGGUUGUGAUUUUUGUUUUGCUUCCACUAGGACUGUUUUGUUUCAAAAAGAAAACAAGAUAUGCCUUUGCUUUCUUCACCGGAGUCCUGAGCUGUGGAUAGGAGAUGUGACUCAGCUUUCUAGAAAGGACGCGGGGCCGUUUCGGGAAUGAAGUGAAACAAGAGGCUGAUCGAUGAUGUGGGGGUGAGGCCCAGCUGGGGCUCUCUCAGAGCCCCUGAAGCUGUUGGCUCUCGGAGGGCCCAAGGCCCGGUGAUGCAUAAGAU